AUGUACUUUAUUAUAAUCUGUUUCUAUAUCCAUCAUGGUAUUGCUACUUCUGGGAUUGAUAUUCAUAUAUUUAAUGUUGGACAAGCAGAUUCACAAUUAAUUGUUUUCCCUUCUGGUUAUUCUAUUCUUAUUGAUGCUGGUGAAACUGCUCCUUCAUCAAUGAAUUGUAAAAAAAUUGCUGAUUGGAUUUUUGAAAUUCUUGGAAGUUAUCAUAUAAAUGUUGGAGUAGCAACUCAUCUUCAUGAUGACCAUAUUGGUACUGCUUUUAAGAAUGGAUUUUGGUAUCUAUUAGAAAAAAGUGGAAUUAUUUUUGAUAAAUUUAUAGAUAGAGACUCUGGAAUAAUUAAAAAUAGUCUUGCUAUUUGUGAUGAUGUUGAAGAUAUUAACUGGCAUGUCAUUGGAUCAUAUGGUGAUACAGCAAUUAAAUGGGUUUGUUAUGCUUCUAAUACUCAAUUAAAGACUCAAAUAAUGAAAAUAAGAGAAGUUGCGAAACCAUGUAGUAAUCAAAUUAAUCCUCCAGACAAAGAUGCAUUAGUACAAAUUAUUGUUUCUGAUGGGUUAGGCGUCUUAGAAGAUGGAAAGCCAAUAUCUCAAGAUUUUCAUAACUCUACUAGAAAACCAAGUGAAAAUGAUUAUUCAAUUGCUUUACGUAUUAAAUAUGGUGAUUUUGUUUAUUCAACUGCAGGUGAUUUAGACGGGUAUUAUUUUCGUGAUAGUAAUAUUUAUCAUGACAUAGAAACUCCAUACAAAGAUGUGAUUGGGAUAGUUGAUGUUUAUCACGUUAACCAUCAUGGUUCUGAACAUUCAAAUAAUCUAGAUUAUCUUCAAUCUCUUCAACCAACAGUUGCUGUUAUUUCAUGUGGACAAAAUAAUAGAUACUCUCAUCCAGCUCAAACAAGUAUGGAGCAUAUUACUGCAUAUUCUGAAAAAGUCUUCUUGACAAAUGACUGUAAUCCAGAGGUAACUAAUAACUUUAUGGAACAAGUUGUAAUUGUAAAUGAUAAGAUUCUAAUUCAUUAUCCAAAAAAUGGUGAAAAAUUCUAUGUUUCAGAUAGCACAGAAACAUUCAAGAGAGCUUUUGCUGUAAAGAAGAAUAAGCCAAUACCUGCUGUAUGCAGACUUUAA